AUGGCGGUGUCGUCCGAUUUGAAGUUCGUACUAUUGGAAAUACUACCGACGCCUGAACUGAUGGCGCAAGGACGGGAGCUCCGUAUCCAAAAUCACCUGGAGAUGGUUCACGAUUGCAUCUGGGCCCUCAAUGCGGUGAUCAUAGAUGCUCAGAUUCGAGCGUUGAAGGAGCCGGAGGUGGAGGAGUGGGUGAACGACGUCGGGAUAGCCGUCGCGGACGUUGAAGACCUGCUCCGCAGCAUCCUUAGCUGGCAACCGAGGGGAGCGGCGGCAUCCAAUCUCUUGCCGUGCUCCUUCCCCAACGUCGACGGAGUAGCAUCGCGCCAUGCUAUUCUACUAGAGCUGGAGGAGAAGGCACGCAGGUUGAAUUACCUCGUGAGGAGGGGGUCUUCGCUAUGUCUUCGAAAGGAGAUGAUGGAUUCUACAUAUCCACGACGAGAAGACGAAGAAGCAAAAAAAGAGUAUUUCACCAUCUUGAGAGAAGAGGUGGUGGGAAGAGACGAAGAUGUAGAAAAAGUCAUAAAUAAAAUCCGUUGGAAGCGGCAACAACGAUCCCACAAUGUGCAUGAUGAUGAUGAUGAUGAUGAUGAUGAUGAUGGGCCUUUGUUCUUCAUCCUAUUCGGUAAUUAUAUGGUGGGGAAGACGUCCGUCGCUCGCUUGGUUUACCACCAUCCAUGGGUCAGCAAGCACUUUGAUCGUCGAGUCUGGAUUGAUGGGUCCAAAGUAUCUUCCUUCGACGCCAUGUGGGUCAUCAAAGAAUUUAUGAGAUCGAUAGCUGGGGAGCCAUGCGAGGACGUCUGGCUGUUUUAUGAUCGAUUCGGUGGAAGCCACAGAUACUUAAUCAUCCUAGAUGACUUCUUUAUUGGGUUGGAUGAGCAGGACAAGUUCUUUCAAUUGGAGUACUUUUUCCUUCUCAUGGGUGAACCGGGCAGCUUAGUGAUGCUCAUCGGGGCUACAAGGAUCCAACGACUUCCUCACACGGUUGGUAAGUUGUUGAACUUGAGAUACCUCAACCUUUCUAUGAGUGAAAUCCAGCUUUCGAAACUACCAGGACAGAUCCACAAUCUUAGGAGUCUACGAAUCAUGAAGCUAGCUUUUUGUGCAAGGCUUCAUAGGCUACCCAAAUCCAUCACUAGUCUUGUAAAUCUACAAGAGUUGGACCUUGAAGGUUGUCAUGGCCUCGUGGAGUUACCUGAGGAUUUUGGUAAUCUGAGAAAAUUGACAAACCUGAAUAUGAUCAAGUGUGCCUCUUUGACACAAAUGCCCAGUGGAUUAGAGCAAAUGCAUAACCUCCAAAAGUUGUCUGGGUAUUCGAUCCGUAAAGUCGGUAGGAUUGAAGAUGUCAUCUCAGAGUUGCAACCUCUAAUAGUCCUCGAGGAACUUGAUAUAUGGAACCUUCAAGUUGUCUCAAACCCAACGGAUGCCUUGACCCCUCCAAUGUUACUGCAGGACAAACUUCCAAAGCUCAAACGUUUGGCACUGCAUUGGAAAUGGUAUAAUGUGGAUGAUGUCGAGAUAGCUUCUGAUGUCAUAUCGCUACAAGUACUUGAGGGCCUCCAACCUAAUAUAUAUUUGAGCAAACUAGAGAUAACUUCGUAUGUUGGUAAAGAAUUCCCGAGAUGGAUAAAAGAGGCGAAUCUCUUUUCCUAUAAUUUGGAGGAGAUCAGAUUGGUCAACCUCCGGAGAUGUGAAAGGCUACCACCACUUGGGCAUCUACCUUAUAUUAGAAUUCUUGAGAUAAGCGGCAUGGAUUUAAUCACUGUUGUGAAUGAAACAUUCUAUACUCCUGAUACUUUGACAAGUAUAAGUUUAGAUAAACUUAUUUUCUCUGAAAUGCCUCGGCUAGAAAAAUGGGCAGAACCAAGAGAAGGAAAUGCUGAAUGGGUCAUUAAAGAAUUGACACUGAUCCAGUGCCCAAAAUUGAGGACAUGGGAGACGGACGUGGGGGUGAGAAAGUUGAACAUUUGGAUGAACAAUGAGAUGCUAUGGCAUUGUCGAUCCGUGGGUUGGCAGAGACUCAUCGAGGGUAUUCACGAGUUGACGAUUGUUGGAUGCCAAGAGCUGAUGUGUUUGCCACCAGUUUUACGGUCGAUACCAUGGUUCUGGGAGUUGACCAUUAUUCGCUGCAAUAAAUUGAUCUCUAUACCAGAUUGGCUCGUAGAAAAAGAAUUUCUAAAAUCUUUGUUUAUAUCUGGUUGCCCUGAGCUGUCAUACAUACCACCGAAACUCAAAAGACGGUCAGAUCUUCGACUACAACAUAGUGGUUGUCCCAAGCUACGGUUCUAA